AUGUCAAGAGAACUUUUCAACGACGUCUUUGAAGUCCUAGAGAAGGAUCCCGACGGCAAGCAGUUUGAUAAAGUGUCGAGAUUCAGAUGCCACAGCGACCUGUUUGGCAUGGGGCUGAUGCUGGACAUCAACACAGACAUCUACCCAGUGAAGGUCGGAGAGCGGCUAAGGCUGGUUCUAGCUCCAACCAUCAAUCUGGACGACACUCCCACAGAUGGGACGUACAAUGCGGCGAUGCAGAGCAGCCGGAAGACCAAAAUGGACGAGUUUGAGUAUGUCACAUACGGGAAGAUCUUCAAAUAUGCAGACGCAGGAGUUGACACAAACACUAACACGGUGCAGGUGUACAUCUCCUUUGGGGGCCUGCUGAUGCAGCUGACAGGGGAUGUGGACAAGCUGCAAGAGCUUCAGGUGGACUCCAAUGUGUACCUUCUGCUCAAGAAGGGCUGA